AUGUGGAGCAAAUCUUCACAACGGAUUAAACCUCCAUUGACACCACUCUCAACAAAACCACCUUCUCUUUCUUCCCAUUUCGCCAUGAUUGAACUCAAACAAAGAACCUUAACUUCCCUCUUCAAACUCUCCGACAAAGACACCCACCACAUCGCCGCCGUAGACCUCCAUAACAUCAUCGAAACCGCCUCCCCUGACGCCAUCUCCAUGCUCCUCAACUCCCUCUACACCGCCGCCGGCGAUAAUCCCACCAUCAACAAACCCUCCGUCAAGAAAGAAUCAAUCCGUUUACUUGCCGUCAUCUGCGCCACCCACACCGUCUCAGCACGCUCGCAUCUGGCUAAGAUCAUAGCCCACAUUGUGAAACGGCUUAAAGACUCUGAUUCCAGUGUUCGAGAAGCUUGUAGAGAAUCAAUUGGACGGCUUUCUUUUUUGUAUUUGAAAGGGGAAGGAGCUGAGAAUGAUAUCGGCUCGGUGGUGGCGCUGUUCGUGAAGCCGUUAUUUGAGGCUAUGAAUGAAGAAGACAAGGUGGUUCAAGCUGGGUCAGCUAUGUGUAUGGCUAAAAUGGUGGAAAUGGCUGCAAACCCUCCUGUAUCUGUCUUCCAAAAGCUCUGCAAUAGGAUCUGCAAGUACCUAAAAAACCCUAAUUUCAUGGCUAAAGCUGCUCUUUUGCUUGUGGUUUCAAGUCUUUCUAAGGUUAAUACCAUUUCUGCCCGUGGCUUGGAGCCAUUGCUUCAAUGUAUCCACGACUGUCUUCUCAGUUCUGAUUGGUCGACUCGAAAGGCAGCUGCUGAUACAUUAAGCACACUGGCUUUGCAUUCGAGCAACUUGAUCACAGGAAAAACAGCGUCUACAAUAACCGUUCUUGAGGCUUGCCGCUUUGAUAAGAUAAAACCCGUUAGAGAUGGUGUAUUGGAGGCGCUACAACAAUGGAAACGUAUUGCAGGACCUUCUGAAGAUCACCGGACAUCUGAUCAUGGUGAAAAUAGUAAAAAGAACGGUUUUUCUUCGGACCAUGAUGAUUCUAGAUCAGCUAAGUCGGAAAAAGACUUUUCGAACGUGGAGGCUGAUGAACCCGACGCUAGCUGCAUAUCGAGAACGGUUAUAACCUUGAAAAAGAAGGCGCCUGCUUUGAGUGACAAAGAGCUGAACCCGGAUUUUUUCCAGAAACUUGAAAGACGGGUUUCUGGGGAAGUUGAAGUGGUCAUUCCUCGUAGAUUUGUCAAUUCGCAUAAUGAAAACGAGCUAGAACUUAAUGAUACUGAUGGAGGGUCGAAGUCAAAAGAGGGUUACGAGCCGGAUGAUGGGCGGGUCAACUUACGACACGAUGGUCAAUCUUCUAGACGGGGAGAAUUAUCUGAAACGAAUGAUUCGAGUCAAAGGGAGGGAUAUAUGAGCGAUAAAGGAAACUGGUUCGCCAUUCAAAGGCAGUUGCUAAAACUGGAAAGACAACAAGCAAAUCUUAUGAACAUGUUGCAGAAUUCCUUACGCGGAUCUCGUGACGGCAUGGUGACUCUAGAGAACCGUAUACGGGGUUUGGAGAAAGUCAUUGAAGACAUGGCACAUGAUUUGUCGGUAUCAAACAAUCGAAGUAGUAGUAGUUAUAUGAGGGGGUUCUACAAGUAUCCUAAUACAAGCAUGAGGGGUUCGGGUUCUUCAUGGGACUAUCAUACGUAUGCUAGAAACACACAAACGGACUUAAGAUGGACCGUGGAUGUCAGAUCAACUGGCAGAUAAAGACGAGGUCUUCGGGCUCCUGUUCAGGUCCUCAUGGGAUUAGUCGAGGUGCGCACAAGAUGGCCUGACAUAGACAACAUGCAACAUCUAUAUAUACAACUGAAAGCAUUGAUUAAUUCUUGAUAUUAUUCUUUUUCGUCGUUAUAGAAAAGUUUAUAACAAAUUGUCGAACGUUUCU